UGUCCCCGGCCCCUCUUGGAGUGAUUGUGUUCGAGGCCUUGAAUAUGUCGCUCCAUUAUUUUUCGAUCUCCAAGAGAAUGAGAUCAAACAUGCUGCAGCGAGCUACAUCUAAAGAUGUAGUCCGGUUCGACAUAUUAUUCAAGUGGGAGAUUGUCAUGGUAAACCUAGGACCGCCGGUAAUCCAGUUUUCGAAGAUGAUGGGUGAAAGCGGCACCCUUCCUGUAAAGAGCAUGCGUGUGCCCAGAAGUGAACUCGGUUCUGAGGAUGCAAUGUUGAGUGCGAUGACUCCCUUUCUAAACUGUGUCCCGGAGGCCUGGAGAGCAGAGAUGACUGAGGAGCUGACAUCGCUGGCCCGCUCUCUUAACGGGCAGUUAAGCCAUCUCGGAAAGCCAGUCUCUCUGGUGGUCGAGGUCCGUGCAAAAAUCCUGUCGGUGGUCAAGUGCAGGGAAGGUGACGGUCCUCUGGAUCAUCUGUUUGAGAAAUUAACCGCUCUCGCAAAGGCUGAUCCGUACAGGACGUUGUCUGAGCCGGCUACCCUCUCAUCCCUGGAGGCACUGGAGGCUGUGUCAGCAGACCAGUUUGAAACUGAUGACAGGUGCUCGAUCUGCACGGAGGAGUACGUGAGCGGUGGGUCAUCGGAAGUCGUCUGCAUGCCAUGCUCGCAUGCGUACCAUCGACAUUGUAUUAUUGAGUGGCUACGGAGGAAUCACGUCUGCCCAAUCUGCCGCUUCCAGAUGCCACAUGAAGUGAUAAUAUAUAUUAGAGAAUUACGAUUAAGUUAGUUAUUAAUCUUUCCUUGAUAGAUGACUAAUCAAGCAUAUAUAUGUAUCUAUAAAUAUGUAUUGUUAAGC